CAUCACAGCUGAUGAGUCAGUAAGAAUGUGGAACAUGGCCGUCUGAUAGUGUGUUAACUGUUAAGUGCGAUUUAUCAUUGGAAUCCUGCAGAAAGUCGACUCUGCUGUCCGUCGUAGAUCUGAGUAUAUUAAAUUCGAUUUUGACCGUUUUUCCACCCGGGUCGUGUCAUUUCUAAACGUUCGACCUAUGAUUUUGGUCAUAAGACGAAACUUGUUGCGCUCCCGUUUCCCUCUUUAUUUUCAAAACAGUUUUAUCCCGAAUUCCAUCCGGUUUUCUUCCUUUCGCGAGUCCUUGAGGAUGCCCUUGCCAAAGUCGUCGGCCGAUUGACUCCGCGUCCUGGCUUUCACCACUACCGUAGAUGGCAAGACAUGAACAUGACACGAGCUACAGUUUCAAGAAGCUGGAAGCCGUCGAUACGAUCAAAAUCGGCCUCGUUCCGGAGAAAAAAGGCCUUUUCCUCAAACACGUUGAGUACGUCGUCACCAGUAAACGGUUCGGCACUGAGGUGAACAGGAGAUAUAAUGAUUUUGUGGCGUUUUACGAACUUCUGCUGAACCGGUUUCCUUAUCGGCUUAUUCCCAAAUUGCCACCAAAGAAAAUUGUCGGAGUCUUUCCAAGCGACUCGAUAUUCUUAGAAAACCGACGUAAAGGGCUUGAAAGAUGGCUAACAUUGAUUGCCAGACAUCCAAUAAUAUCUUUAGAUGCAAUAUUGCAUUUUUUUCUCACGCAAGCAGUACCUGAUCUAUACACUAAAAUUAAAGAAGUUUUCAAAUCUGUGCCGGACGAGUUCACAACUUCAGAGCUUGCUGCUAAAGCUAAAGAACUGAUAAUUCCAAAUAAUAACAGCGAUUUUGCUGCAAGUAGGGAACACAUAAGAAUUAUACAUUUAGGUGUACAAAAGAUGAAAGCUAUUGCAGACCAUGUCGCCUUCAGGUCCCAGCGGUAUUCAGUAGACAUGGAGGAGAUGGCGGCUGUGCUGACAGACAUUUCUUUGGAGCACAUCAAUGACACGCAUUUGGGCAUAGCGAAAAAUGAAAAUUGGAAAUAUAUUAUAAGCGGGCUUAAAAACAUCUCCAAAGAGUUGGAGUUAUUAUCUAUGAAAUCAAAAAAGCAUAAUGUAAAAGAAGAGGAGGAUGUUUGUGAACGUCUGUCCGUUCUGCUUGAUAUUUUAAGUGGGCACCAGGACCUGUGCGAAAGAGUUGAAAAAGGCGUUUCACACGAUCAUCAGAGCGCUCUGUCUAAAAUGAUGGCUUUGAAGAAAAGACAAAUUCAGGGUGUUCUCCGAGGGUCAGAUGCCGAGUCAGUCGCAGUCUUGGAAAAUCGAAUGCUACAACAAGAAAAUGUCAUAGCAUCUGUGGAACUGAGGACGGCUUUCUCAUUGUACUGCGUCAAAAUGGAAACAGCAUUGGUUUUUAGUUAUUUAGAAACUUUGGUAUUCAUCAUGAACAGUUUAGUCGCAGUACAAGUUUCAUUACAUUCCGAGCUAGCAGAGGUUUGGAAAUUAAUUCAGUCAGCUGUACAACAAAGUCUUCCAAAGAGUACUGAAAACGAAGUUUGAGUGCAAUUUCAUUAGAAACUCAAUUAAUUUACCUAGUAAAUAGAUUGAGUGUAUAUUAAGCUGACAUUAACACUUUAAAGUGCCUUAAUUUUUGUA